AUGCCCCUACCGCCUACCCUAAUAUCAACUGACGAGGAUCCAUUUGAAGAUGAGGAAGAACCCAGUAAGGAGGAGCAACUUGGCGAUGAGAUGGGUGGAGUACCCGCAGAUAGUUCGCGCUACCUAGAUUCGUCUUCCCACCAGGAAUGUGAGGAGACUCAGGAGGAGGGCCCUACUAAGUCAAAGUCAUCCCCAAAGACUGUUGACCCACUUCCUCUAUCCUCUCUCAGUAUUCAUGCUCCGGGACCCAGGGUUAUCACUACCCCCAGAAAAUCCAUUUCCAUCUUAUCCCAUAAGAGGGAAGCCCCACCACCAUCAUCCCCGAAUCCAUCAAAGAAACCUUGCCUCACCCACAAAUAG